AUCCGACACACGGCCGACUUCAUGCGCGCCAUCUACAGCAAGUCCGGCCUCGGCGACGAGACUCUACGGCCCUCCCUUCGUCUUCCAGACCGAACUACGACUACCAAGUUCAGCAACGCGGUGCUGGAGGCCGAGGAGAGCCUUUUCGGGCGACGGAGUCCUUGAUGAACAAGAGGGGUCGAGAAGGAGAAGGUCACGCACCUGGUCGUGGUCUGCAGCAUGUUUUCGCCGGCGCCGUCGCUGGCGAGCCUUGUUGUGAAUCGUUUCGGGCUGGAGGAGACGGUGAAGGCGUACAACUUGUCGGGGAUGGGGUGCAGCGCUGGGGCCGUGGCGUUUGAUCUGGCGGCGCAGAUUUUGAAGGGGAGGGAGAUCGGUUACGUUUUGAUUCUCGUUACCGAGAGCUUCAGUCUUAAUUGGGGGGGCAAGGCGGUGAUCGACGCCGUGGGGAGGCUGAUGAAGCUCGACGCGGAGGUGGUCGAGCCUGCGAGGAUGUGCCUGCAUAGGUUCGGGAACACGUCGAGCAGCCUGGUGUUUUACGAGCUGGCGUAUUUUGAGGCGAAGAGGAGGAUAAAGGAAGGGGACAGGGUUUGGAUGCUGGCGUUUGGGACUGGGUUUAAGGCCUGCAGUGUUGUGUGGAGGGCGCUGAGGGAUUCUCGGGUCGACCCGGAUAAUCCCUGGAGGGAUUGCAUCCAUAGGUACCCUGUUUAAUUUGAAUUUGUGUCCGAAUAAUUACUUGGUCUCUUGUUAAGAGAGCUUUAAUUAUACAUUGGUUUCAUAAAUGAAAGUUUAUGGAUGGGGUUACAGCUGGUGUCUGUGGUUUAAUUGAGGACAAAAUGCUGUUAGUUGACUGUUUAUGUUGUUUUAAAGAUUACUAGAUGGGAUGCACGUGCGUUGCUGUGCGUGGUCAGAUAUCUUUA